AUGUCGUGGGACUGGGAGCCGAAUUCUUUUCUCAAAGGAUUCGAGCAGCUUAGUAGCACCCUCUCCGCUUUUGUGUAUCGCUCCAACGCCAGCCCCAGCACUGAUUCACGGAAUCUGUCGGGAUGCGACGAACAGGACCCGCUUCCGUUUUCAAAUGCGGUACCAAUUUGCUUUUUGCCUUGUAUGUUCAUCUCGACGAAUAGUACUGAUGGCUGCAAAUCUGCAGGAACAAACUAACUGCGAGCCAAAAACUUCAAAACGUACUACACAGGUGGCUUUCGGUAUCGUCUUCCUCCUCGUCAUCAUGUCGGGUCUUUUUUCGGGCCUCACGCUAGGCUUGUUGGGACUCGACAUAACGGGGCUCGAUAUCAUUGCGCACUCCGAGGACAAGGUCGCCGCGGCCAAUGCCCGCAAGAUCAUCCCAGUCCGAAAAAACGGAAACCGCCUUCUGUGCACACUAUUGCUCGGAAAUGUAGCGGUAAGAGCGGUCAUUUUGUAAUAUUGCGUUCAUUUGUGUUUGUCUUUCACUUUCUCUUUACCAAUUCGACAUGGAAGAAGUGCAACCCCAGGAUGUGGAUGUGCAUGUUGGGAGUUCAGUAAAAGUCUUUGCAAGAAGUACUAAAGCCAACAUAGUUAAAAUAAAAGUACAAAUACGCUAUUAAUCAACGUUCUCGUAGGUAAACUCCAUGCUUGCGAUUCUGAUGGCGAAUCUGACAUCUGGCAUGACUGGUUUUCUGGUGUCCACGGCGGUGAUCGUGGUAUUUGGAGAGAUCCUGCCCCAGGCGAGCUGUUCGCGGUAUGCGCUGCCGAUCGGCGCGCGCACCGCUAAUGUGGUAAAGUUCUUGAUGUUUCUCCUGUUGCCGCUGGCGUACCCGCUCGCCUACGCACUGGACUGGAUUCUGGGAGAUGAAAUGGGUACCAUCCACAGCAAGCAGGAACUGCGGCGGCUCCUGCAGAUCCACGUUCGUGAGGGUGCUCUAAAAAAGGUCGAGGGGGACGUGGUCGCCGGCGCGCUGAAAUUCCGGAACAAGCCACUCUCCAAAGUGAUGACGCAGAAGCAGGACUGCUUCAUGUUGAACCAAAACGAAGUGCUCGACUACGCAACGAUCCUCGAGAUUUCCAACUCCGGGUUCUCGCGCAUCCCCGUUUACAACAAGACGGACUCCGAUAUAGUCGGCGUCCUCGUGACCAAAGAUUUGAUCUUUGUCGAUCCCGAGGACGCGAUGCCCCUGCGACAGUUUCUGAAGGUAUCUAUCAUCAUGGGCAAAUUUUAUUUUAUUUUUUCCUGGAUUUUGUACUAUUUCUAUUUCACGAAGAUCGACCUGAUCUUCUUGAACUUGAUCUGAUGCACGAUGAAAGCUUUCCAUUGCUGUUUUUGCUUUCGCAAAUUAUGCGCCAGCCAGAUGACGUACUCGCUCCAACUUCUAUAUCUAUCGAAACUUUAUUAUUGUCUCUAUGAAAAAACAGCUGCCGUGCGUGCUACCGCGGUCGAUGAUUCAAGCAAAGAUCAAAAUCAUGAAAAUAAGCUCCAUAUUAAGUUUAGUUGACUCGACUCAUGAAAAGGUAUUCGGACGCCACGUGGAGCGGUUUUUCGCGGACGACACGUGCGGGGAUGCGUUGCACCGGUUCAAGCUCGGCCGGGCGCACCUGGGGUUGGUGGUGGGCCACGACGCGAUUGCUGGCGAGCAGAAUGCGGACUCGCCCGAGGGGCCGAUGCGACACCAGGGCGUGAGCUCGGCGCUGUUGAACAAGCACGGACAGCAGAACCUGCAGUACGAGCUGCAGGGGAUUGUCACGCUGGAGGACGUAAUCGAGGAGAUUCUGCAGGACGAAAUCGUGGAUGAGACGGACGUAUACAUCGACAUGCACCACAAAGAGGAGCGCGAGUAUGUGGAGAGCGAAGAGGCGGUGCUGCCGCCCGAGCAAUACCGCAGUAGCGAGGAGGGCGGCCCCGGCGACAGCCGAAUACUGGACCGAGACAGCUUGGCGCUCGAUGAAAACAACAGCCGCGACGACAUCUUGCUUGGCGAGGAGGGAGCAGGAGGUGGCCUCAAGCCGGGCAAGUCGCUGCUAGAAGCCGGGCCACGCGAGCUGCAGCAGCGCCGCGUAAUCAGCAACGAGAGCAGCAACAGCAUGGAGCAAUAUCCGUCGAAGGAUGACGUCGAGGAGCUGCUGCAAGCGCGUGCGCAGCUGCGGAAGUCGGAGAGCCGACCUAUUUUGGAAGCCACCGCGUCCGUCCUGCUGUCCCCGGUGGCCUCCGUGGUGGGCGCACUCAACCAGUUGCCAGGAGCGGGGUAUUCGGGGUCGGCGCGGGAGUCGCCGCGGCAAGGAGCUGCUGCCGCGCCCGAGGACCUCGUCCGAGCGGGGAGUAGCAGCACCAGCAACGGCACGCCGGGCGCCAUGUUGUACGAGCGAGGAGCUGCAGCUGAUGGCAUAGUGGUUGGGAGCGGGCCGGCGGCGUCCUCGUCGCUGCGCACGGCGGGCGACAACUAUGCGGGCGUGUCGCGCGAGCGGUCGGAGGAUAGCUUUUCGAUUGGGAAAACCAGUGCGGUGGGGACCACCUCCACGCCCGGGUUCGGGGCGGCGGCGCAUGCGCCCGGUGGGAGUGCCGAGAUGAGUGCGGACGCUAGCGUAGUGGAGUCCAGCGAGAGCCGCGCCGGCGGAGCCCGGUUGCAGCCGGUGGGCGGGAUGAUGAAACACGGCGUCCGGCGGGGCAAGCGCCGGAAGCAGGACAUCACGAAACUGCGGUUUUUCAACCCACAGAUUCGUGGCGAUGCCUUGCUCCCGCAGGAGGUUGACGUGUUGGUCUCACACCUGUUGGAAAACUAUGCGGGGCCGCGCCUCCUGGCGCAUUCCCCCGGAACCACGCAGGGCGUUGGGAGUGGAGGUGGUCAUCCUCAUUCGGCUUCCACCCCAAACUCUCCAAAUCCGCCGGCGGUUCACUUCAGUGAACAAGAUGACGAGGGAGUGGCACCGUACGCGUCACCCUGGCUGUCGCAGCGGUGGCGCAACGACGACGAACGCAACGAGGGCCGGUCCCGCUGGAUUUCGCGUCACGCCUUGAAUUGGCUCCUCAUCGAGCGUGGAAACGUAGAGACGCUCUACCGCCACGCACCGGUACGCUGCCCACGCCCCGAUGCCGAGGACUGGGUCUACAAAAGGGUAUAAUAACUGCAACUUUUGGUUUUGAAAGUAUAAAGGCUAGGUUUUUUCGAAAAUUGGCAACAGACCAUUGAUUUGUGUUUUUUCUUUCUUUUUCUUUGCACCUCGAUCCUCGAAGCAGGAUAAGAUGCCAUGAAGGCGACGCGAAUUAUAAAUAAAGAUAAACCUCGUCCCCCGAAUAAACUUGACAGGGCGAGCCGGCAGAUUUUAUGACGAUUAUUCUAACUGGAGUGGUGAUGAUCGUGGUGGGCCGCGACGGUUUUCAGCAGGAAUGCGGGGCGUUUUCCGUUCUGGGAAUCGAUACUCUUGCGGGUCCCGGGUUCCAACCGGAUUUCUCCGCUGCCCUCUGGUCUGACGUGGUUACCUUGGUGCGCAUUUCCCGCGCCGUGUACGCGGAGGCGCAGGAGCUCGACCAAAAGGGCGCGAUUCCCUUGGUGGAGCCAGCGGUGAACGCGCGCAUUAAGCGGGCGACCAAGCAGGCUGAAGUUGCUUCGGGCAGUCUAGAGCCCGCGACCUCUUCGAGUGCGCGCGACCGGGUACAUUCGCGUGACCACCCCCGGGUGGCCCGGCAAGUAACGAAAGACAAUUACGACCACGCCUUCUCGCCAAAGUCAGCCUUUGACAAUGACGGGGACGACGACCUGUCCCCGGACAAGCGCCGCGAGUUGCAGCUCAGUCGCGGGGAGAACAAACCGUCUUCCGCCUCGCAUCGCGACACAUCCAGCAAAGAGAAGGUAGGCCACAACUCAUCCUUCCUGGGUUCGCUCUUCUCCGCGUUCGAGCUAUCACACAGAAAAACACCGGUACCGCAUGUUUGUACUUAAGUACUUUAUAUGCAAAAAUAAGCUGGACAUGAAAAAAUCAUGUGUAAAGCAGCGUUCAUGCUGUGGGGUCGACUGUGACAGAUUCUUCCGUCAAACUUCUAUUCUUUUAUUUUGUCUGUCACAAUUAUGCCCUGCCGGCUUUUUUCUGUGUGAUACGAGCCGAGGAAACGAUCCAAGCUCGCGUCGGCAGCCGCGGAGGUCCCUGCGCAGCCAUCACGAAUGCUGUAAGGUAGUAGAAGUCGCCAAAGUGCACGACUGUUGGCAGUAGGCAUGACGACGUGGUGAACUACCUGAUCUCGUUUUCUUGGAAUUAAAAGCAUCUUCCAGUGCAUAAAGUUUUGUAGCAGGGUUUUCGUCUACUGACUGACUAUUCGUUUUUGUUGAAGGUAAAGUUUCUUUCUGAUUUUAGUUUUUCAUGCUUUCUGUGUCAACCAGUCCCUGUCCCUUUCUAUUUGUCUCAAUCUACAAUCAGCGGAUCUUUUUUCCCGAAAUUUCUAUUGUUGUUGGUAUAGCAGCUGUAAAAGGAAUUCGCCACGUGUGAGUGAUCGCCACCAUGGAUUUUUUUGAAGAUGCAAAUUUCUGGCAUGGUGACAAAACAGUCGUACUGUAAUUAGCCAUUGUAGCCAGACAAAAAGCCGCAACCGUUCUUUUGGCAGCUGCUUUUUGCGCUCCGAUUCGAGGGAUCCUCCAGCAUUCGCAGGAUGGGCAACCGAAAUAUCUGAGUCAGCAUAUUUUUGCGCGACCAUUAGUUUUGUGACUCUUGUUUACAAUUCGGUUCUACAAGCGCCUGCAAAUAUUAUUGUGGCGGCGCUGAAAGGAGCUAAAAGGAAUACGAAUAUCGGACUUGCAACUUACUCCGUCGCCCCGAAAGAGAUUGAAGAAAUAGCCUAUUAACAAAAAUUGUUGCCGUAUGUAUGGUAUCCUUAUCGCCUCUGCUUCUAGCGCAAAGACGUUAAUGCAGCUGCAGCAGCAAAUAGAGACUCAAGGAAACUGGAUUCUAUCGUUCUUGCAUCUCGUUUUUGCGCAGUUUUCAGGCAUUGAUUUCAGACUGGCAUACUGAAGGCGUCUAGUGGGAGGAAU